AAGACGGGCAUUUGUUGUUUGGACGGAUUAGGGCUGAAUUACACCUUACCAAUGUUCAACGAAUGUAAGAAGAAACUGCAUUCUAAUGGCAGCAUGGUACAGACCAUUCCAAAGCUCAUCCCUUACACAUCUGCGGAAGCUGCCUCUCCGAGAAGGAAGAGUAAACUGGGGAUUCCACCCGGACACAGAGUGUGCAGAUUUCCUGAUUGUGGCGAAAAUCCCUGUCGAAACGGCUGGUGUGAGGAGACUAUGAAAAACUUCAAAUGCCACUGCUCUGCCGGAAAUCGAGGGAAACGUUGCAAAAGAGAAUCAAAUACUAAACAAGACACCACAACGAUGUCCACGACGGAAUCCACCACCUCACAUCCUACCACAACGACUCACUCAAGUACAACACAAGACACCACAACGAUGUCCACGACGGAAUCCACCACCUCACAUCCUACCACAACUUCUCAUGAAAUUGAGGGAGAAAUCCGCCUGGUUGACGGUUCCGGUGCAAUUGGAGGCAGGGUUGAGAUCUUCCAUGAAGGUCAAUGGGGGACCAUCUGUUUAGACGGUUGGGAUGACCUUGAUGCGAGGGUAGUUUGUCGACAGCUUGGAUUCUCAGGCAAUGUUGGUGCAGCCAGGAAGAGGGCUGCGUAUAGACCAGGAUCUGGCCCGAUACACCUUGAGCAUGUCGACUGUUCGGGAAAUGAAUCCAGGUUGACUGAUUGCAGUAAUGGCGGAUGGGACAAUCACGACUGCGAUCAUUCUAAAGAUGCUGGAGUUUACUGUGCAUGA